AUGAACACAUUCACGACAUGGUUGCUUAUUUUCGUCAUUAUGGUUGGAGAGACUUCCGAAAAGCCGAAUAGUUUUUUUAUAAGUAAAAAUGGGCCAGAACUGGAAAAUUUUCCAUUAGAAGAUAUAAGCGAUUUCGAUCUUCACCCAUAUAUCGUUGCUUAUAAAAGAGCAAUGAUGAGACUUGGCAAACGUUCUGUAUUUCGUUUUGGAAAACGAGCAUUAAUGAGACUCGGAUGA